AUGAAUUCAAAAGUAAAACAUGUUAUAAGUGAUGUUUUUGAUGUAUCAAAAUCUAUUAAUACUCAAAAUUUUACAAUCGACUCUGACCAAAUCAACUUAUCAUCAUCUUUCAAUAAUAAUUUAUCUAAUCACUAUUUAUGUUUAAACAUUGGUGAACCUCUUAGCUAUGCACUGGCUUAUGUGAUAAUCUAUCGACCAGAAGAUGCAAUUGAAUUUAUUGCAAACUAUUUAAUCAAUUGGUCACGUAAAAAGACACGUCAAAAACUAAUUGAUCAAGAAACUAAUAAUAUAUUGACAUCUAUGGAAAUAUAUCAACAACAAUGUUUUAUUAAUGAACAACAAAAAAUUGAAGCUAAACGUUUAUUAAUUGAACAUGAUGAACGAGAACCAUCAAAUCAUUUUGAAAAACAACAAAUUUAUCAACAAAUUCCUACAACAAAUAUCCAAUCAUAUAUUCAUAUACAUGAUACAGCCAGUGGAUUUGAUGAUGAUGAUGAUGAUGAGACAGUGAACAAUCAAGAAAAUAAUAAAAAACGUAUUUGUCAUGAUGAUAAUCUAUCAUCUUUUUCAUAUUUAUCGAAACUCAAGGACAGAUUAAUGAAAUGUGAUGAGGCUUAA